CGAAUCAACUAGAGCAGCGUUUCCCUACAUGGGGUGCUGGCACCACUUGAGGGUGCUGAAAUCAAUUAUAAGGGGUGCUGGGAAGUGAUGCACACACUUCACUUUCUUUAUCCUUGUAAUAACAAAAUAUUAGUUAGGGGUGCUGAACUACUUAGACAUGACAACAAGGCGUGCUAUGGUCGGAAAAGGUUGAGAAACACUGAAUUAGAGCGUCAUUUUAUAAAGACGAGGGAAAUAAACAUGGAAGGCUUCCACUAAUUUACAGCAGGCGUUCAGUACCUGGCUGGCGGUGAUGGGGCGCCCUGACAGCCGCAAGGCUGGGUGUGUGCUGGGCGCGUCAUGGAUCUGAGAAUACGUGACUUAUGCUAUUUUCAUCCCUCAUAGGAAUAGCACAAUUUGAACAGAGGAGCGUAGGUCGUGUCAAUACAGCAAGGUCUUCUGGAGUUUCCACUUUAUCUUAAACUUCUACGGGGAGGUGAUAAGGUUAGAAUCUUAAUUGUGUGUUUUAAGUUUAAGACCUUGGCAUGCCUUUAUUGGAGUAAAACAAUAAUAUAAAACAGCGAUAGUGGCUACGCGCGACAUUUCUCGGCAACAAGGCUGUCUUGCUCUUUAAUGUGACUGUCAAAAAUCGGAAGCGUAAAGAAAGCGUUGGCAAGCGACGGGGAGGCGGUGGCGUGGCUGUUCUAAUGAUAAUAUUGCCAUGGGCGCGGGGAGAAUACAGUCAGCCAAUGACAGUGCAGAAGUCUUUGGCUGCUGGGGACGACCUGGGAGUUGGUGCACGUUGCCCUAUCAGCAAUAUUGGUACAAGGAGUAAUCUGCAACGGCGCAUUUCCUACGCAAGAUAAGAUAAAGAUAAACCGUGGUGAGGUGAGGCGUGCGGUGCGUGGUGGCAAGAGUGGCAAGGGUAACGUUAACGCAAGAAAGGCAGAGAAACCCACACGCAAGAAAGACCACAUCGCGCCUAACGAUCACCCGCUGAGUCCCUCAGUUGACCCCUUUACAACACAGCAGGAAGAGACAACGAGAGCUCCGCUGGUACACCAAGAUGACGCGGUACAAGCAGCAGACAGAUAUGGAUGACGACAGCAGCUCCAUUGGGUCAGCGCGCACCGAGGAACUCCCAACAGGCACCACCACAAUCCGCUACCACAUGGGUUCGCACUGGUGGCGGUCUCGCACUGGCUUAGAAAAGUGCCUGUUGGUCGGAUGCCUCGUGCUGUUGCUGCUGCUGCUGGCACUCAUGGCCAUCCUACACUUCAAAACUAGACCCAUGUCCAUUCUGCUACCGAGUUCUACAGGUGCAAGCAGAUUAUGCCUGAGCCAUGACUGUGUGAUGGUGUCUGGGGCUGUGCUCAGUAACAUGAACCUCAGUGCUGAUCCAUGUGAGAACUUCUAUGAAUAUGCUUGUGGGGGAUGGGUGGCCAAGAAUCCUAUUCCCGAAGGGAAGCCAAUGUGGGGAACCCUCAAUAAACUGGCAGCAGACAACAAUAUAAUUUUACGGAGGGCUUUGGAAUCAAAUGUGACCUCCAAGAGUGAAGCAGAGCAAAAAGCUCGAAUAUUUUACCAGUCCUGCAUGGAUGUCAACAAAACUAUAGAGAAACUUGGAGCUACACCUGUGCUGAAGAUGAUCAAGCAAAUGGGUGGGUGGUCCAUCACAGGUAACUGGUCUACUAUUGACUACAACCUGACCAAGGAUGUGAUUCUCAGCAAAGUAGAGUUUAUCUCUGGUGCACUCUUCUCCUGGAGGGUCAGUGAAGACUACAAAAACUCUUCCUCACAUGUCUUACUGUUUGAUGAAGGUGGUCUUUUUCUACCAGCAAGAAACUACUAUCUCAAUGAGUCAGACAAAGAUGUAGUCAAUGCUUAUGAGGACUACAUUACAAAGAUUGGAGUGCUGUUGGGAGGCCAAGAGAACGAGACUCGCAAAGCAGCUCAAGGCAUUGUAGAUCUAGAACGAAAGCUGGCCAAGAUCUCUACCCCAGAUGACCAGCGCAGGGAUGACAAUGACCUGUAUCACCCCAUGACAAUCAACGAGCUUGCAGAGCUGGCCCCAUUUAUGGACUGGAAAACAUUCAUUCUAUCCCCAUUCAAUGAAGUACCUAAUCCCAUUGGUGACAAUGACAAAGUAGUUGUUUAUGCCCCAGAUUACUUGAAGAAUCUCACAAUCAUUCUCAAUGAAACACAGUAUUCUGAAGAAGGAAUCAUAGACCUCCACAACUACUUGGUAUGGCAAGUUGUCCAGAACUACGUUGAUUUCCUGUCUCAGGAAUUCCAAGAGGCAGCAAAGGUGAUGGAGAAAGCCUUGAUGGGAGUUGUGGGGACAGAUGAAGUGUGGAGGGAAUGCGUCAUGCAAACAAGUAAUGCUCUUGGAAAGCCAGUAGGAGCCAUGUUUGUACGAGAAGCAUUCAGCAAGGAUCUAAAAGAUAUGGCUGAAGAUAUGAUAGACAGAGUUCGCAAAUCAUUUGAAGAAAACUUGCAGUCUGUGACAUGGAUGGAUGAAGAGACUCAGAGAAAAGCUAUUGAAAAAGCAGUUUCUAUAUCUGAAAUGAUUGGAUUUCCAGAUUAUAUACUUAAUCCAGAAGAACUGGAUAAGGAAUUUGCAGGAUUGAAGAUAGUGAAAGAUAAAUACUUCCAAAAUAACAAGAAAAUCAGGGAGUUCACCAUGAAGAAGGAGCUGGCUCGCCUCAAGAAGGCAGUCAACAAGACGCGAUGGGACAUGUCUCCACCUACUGUUAAUGCCUACUACUCACCAUCCAGAAAUGACAUUGUAUUUCCGGCUGGUAUUCUUCAAGCACCAUUUUUUGAUAAGAGAAAUCCAAAAGCUCUUAACUAUGGAACUGUUGGUGUAGUGAUGGGCCAUGAAUUGGUGCAUGCCUUUGAUGACCAAGGGAGAAAAUAUGACAAGGAUGGAAACCUGAACUCAUGGUGGAAGAAUGAAACUUCAGAAAAGUUUAACAAAUUAUCCACAUGUUUUGAAGACCAGUACUCUUCCUAUGAAUUUCUUGGAGAACAUCUCAAUGGAAAACUCACACUAGGAGAAAAUAUUGCUGACAAUGGAGGACUAAAGGCAAGCUUCCAGGCCUACAAGAAGUGGCUAAAUGAGAAUGGGCUAGAGGAAGCUCUGCCAGGCAUUCCAUCCAACUACAAACUUUUCUUCCUUGGAUUUGCUCAGGUGUGGUGUUCAUCAAUCACCAAAGAAGCUGCUCAUUUGGAAAUCCUGAAAGACUCGCAUGUUCCAGGAGAGUUCCGUGUUUUUGGUUCUCUUACCAACUCUGAGGAUUUUGGUGAGAUUUUUAAUUGUAAGAAGGAUUCAAAAAUGAAUCCUACAAAGAAGUGCCAAGUUUGGUGAAGCAUAUGCUUCAUACAUCUAGGAUUGUUAAUUAUGGAAGAUCUUAUUAGAAAUAAUCAAAUGGUUAUCCGGGAGGAAAAUCGACAUAACAUAGUUAAAUUUUAUAAAUGUUGCAAUCAGUUAUGUAAAGUUGCCUGUUGCUAGGUGAUGGUUUUCUGAUAACCUAAUUAAUUUGAAACAGAAAUGUGAUAGCAAAAGUUCAUUAUGAUUAUCAGUAUUUUCUCCUGUACAAUGCAAAUAUAUAACAGUCUGAAAAGUUCCAUUAUUAUAAACAAGUGUCUGUUUUUCAGUACCAGACAAUCCUGUACAAUAUCACAACAGUACAAGAUGGUUUAGUCAUUCACCUGCCAUAAUGGUAAUCAUUCAUGUGCAUUACAACUUUUUCUUUAACUUAUGCCUGAACUUCCUUAAUUUCUCAUAUUAAUGCAGUCAUUGCCUUCAUGUUAAUCUAAAACAGGUUUGGGACUUGGUUCAGAGUAGGAACAAGGAAAGGAUACUAAAUUACAUAUCCAGAAAUGCAUCUCAUAAAAUACAAUUUACUGUGAAUUUAGAUACAUACCAUUAUUUCAACAGAUUACAUCAAAGCAAACUUAUUAAGAAAAUGCUGUGUGGCAUUCAAGUUAGACUCAAAUAUUCCUGCCAGGCUGCACAUCAUGUUCCAGUAUAUCAUUUCCCAUGAUUAUAUAUAUAUAUAUAUAUAUAUAUAUAUAUAUAUAUAUAUAUAUAUAUAUAUAUAUAUAUAUAUAUAUAUAUAUAUAUAUAUGAAAGGUGAUAUGAUCAUUCCAUGUGUUCUGUUAUAAUUAGGUUCACAGAGAAAACAUGCUGAAUUUUUGAUGGAUGAAUCAAGGAUUUCAUUGUAGUAUUUUGGUUGACCACAAAAACAAGAAUUUCUUGAUAAUUUUUGAUGUACUGGCACUGAUGAUGUCAAAUUACCAGCCUAACAUGGCUGGAACAUGUAAAAAUAUUUCCUCCCAAAAAGUAAAAUCUUGUUUAUUGCUCAGAAACUUUGAAAUUUCAUAUUGACAAGCUCAUAGACAGUUGGUAUUUCAUAUUGUUAUUCUAUGUCUCAGGGUAUUCAUAGUAAAUAAGAAGAGAAGCAUAGGCUACAGCAGUGCAAGCUAUACCACUCCCAUACUUGCCCUUUGUAUUUUCAAUAAUGUUAAGGGCAGUGAGUGACUGCAUGUCAACAAAAAAUGUGGAAAAUUAAGCACAUCAGAUCAGAUAGAUAAUUACCUUUUCAUGAAUAAAAGGUUAGUGAAUUAAUGCUUAGCUCAAACUUUCUUGUGGAGUUACCUGUGUAAAAUAUAACCACUUAUCAAGAGGUGGAAUAUUAUGUCACCUUGAAGCCAAAAUAAGAUUUCUUUGAUUUAUGAAAAACUGAAAUAAAUGGAUGAUGUACACAGUAUGUUAAGUGGUGAGGAUUCACAAAUUAAGCAAGAACAGUGCGUCUGAUUUUAGGAAAGCUGAUUUAAUGAGAGCUGUAAUGUGAAAUUUCCAGUUACAAUUUCAAUGAUAGUUUACUGCCUUUACUGUAGGCCCUUAAGUUCCAUAUAUUGUAGGUUGGUAUUACAUGUUUAACAUCAAACUCUAGUUUUUGAAAAGCCAAAGUAUUGAUUUAUGAAAUAAUAGAAACAAAUCUGACUAGUUUUAAGCCCAGUCCCAAAAUUUCUUCUUUUCCAAUUUUAGAGGUCUUUUAACAUCAAAUUCUAGUUUUUGAGAACACAGAGUAUUCAUUUAUGAAAUAAAAGAAACAAAUUUGACUAGUUCAAAGUCCAGUCCCAAAAUUUCUUCUUUUCCAAUUUUAAAUGUCUUUUAUGGAAAAAAAAAUGCUAGAAUAAUUUUGAAAAUGCAGAAUUAUGUAGCAUCAAAUACAUAUUACAUAAACACUACAGCAAACAACUCUUAGGAUACACAUACUUUAAAGACACAUAUAUUCCUUAACUACUUGACUUUCCUGAAAACUCAUGAUUUCAUUACUGAAUAAGAUAAUAACACCACAACUACACUGUGUGUAUAAAGAAGUAUGGAUCAACAUGGCAACAGACAUCAGGUGCCAGUUGGUCUCUACCUCAGCACGCUGCAUUCUUUCUCAUCCCUUGAACUAGCCCAACAACCUAAUAUUUUUUUCAUCUUUGCUAACAUUACCUGCACCAUACCUUGGUGCACUAGAUGUCAUAACAGCUCAUGAAAAUAAUUUCUAUGUGAAUGGGGAACUGUCAUCCACACAGCAGUUAGCAAUAAUUGCUGGCUGACUUCCAAUUUGGCUACAAAAGUUUGACUUAGAAAAGUCUGCUUUGGGAAACAAUACACUCAGUAGCUAAAAGUUAACAUUGGAAUUAAAAAGAAAAAAAUAAUAAUGUAAUUAAAAAACCCUCAAACUUAAGGGCCUACUGUGUUUCAGUCAAAAUGCACUAGUGCUGCUCACCUCAGUAAUAUCACUUGACAGCAAACCAUUGAUUUUGUAUGUAUAAUAUUAAGAUAUUGAGAUAUUAAGGUAUUAGUAUAUAUUAAAACAAAGCUAUAACCAACAAAGCAGAGCACAGUGAUCAGUCCCAUCAUGCCUUUAUUUAUAAAAGUAAUAGACCUUUAAGGUCAAGGUGUUACCUUUAUUUCAAGUCUGUGGUAGAUUCUGUACACACAAACUGAUUCAUCAUUCACUGUAGUAUAUCCAUUGUAUUUUAAAUGUGCCAUUUUUUUUUUUUUUCAGCUAAAUUUCAAAGGAAUAUAUUCUAUGUAAGUUUCAGAAGCUGACAUCAUUUCACAUCACUCAGUCUGAUUAAUCAUCAAUCAUAUCAGUGUUGUUUUGAGUGAGAAACAUGAACAUUACAAUCUUAUUACUUGGAUCCAGAUAUAACAGGCUGUUAUUUUUACUGGACUUUCUUUAUCAGGUAUUCAUUUGAUGAGUCAAUCAUUCAUUAAUUGUUGUUAUUGUCAUAAAAUACCUGUGUCCACUUCCUUGACUAGUUAUUGGUAGAUAUUGCAUAAUUUCUUUUCUAUGUUCUCUGCAAAACAUCUCAUGCAUUACAUGGCAAAAAUGAGAUAAUUCAUUAAUAAGUGAUCAGAUGGCAAUGAUACCAGACAGAAUAAACAGUAGACUCUUGGAUCUUACUGAAGUAUAAUGUCCAAUAGAGGCACACACUUCGUACUCAUCUGAUGCAGUUCUUGCCUAAAUCAAUCCCACUCCCCUAUUUUACAUAUUUAAAUCACGAGGCUCAACCAACUCUAAUUAAAAUGUCCUGUACAUGCUGUCUGACAUAUCACAUCUUUCAUAAAUAGUCAUAUGUAUUCUUAUUUCAUCCUGUGAGCCAUUUUAUACACUCCAAAGAAGCUUCAUCUUAAAUGUCUCAACUCUGUUUUGCUGCACUGAACCAUUCCAUGUUUGUGCCUCUGAGAUAUUUGGUAGUGGCUGGCAGAACAUUAUUGUUUGUCCUUUUAACUCAUCCUGAUUGAAUUCUCUUUCAUGAGCUUAAAAUUAAGCUGUUUUUGCCAAUACUGUACUCAUAUUCACAGAGUUUAUAGUGAUAUUCAUUUUUUUGUUCUCUUGGCUUUCAAAUCAGCAGUGUUAUGCCAAAUAACCACACUUUUCUUGAAGCUCUAUAAAAACAUCUAUCAAACUAAAAUAACUAAUUGAUUUAUUCUCCAUUAAGAUACAGUGAAUUUGUCCAUGUUUUUUUUAAAGCUUGCUUUAUUGCAGGUAAUGUGAAAAUAUCAUCCAAUAUUUUGGAAUCUUGUUUAUUCCAGUCAAACAAACUUGUUACCAUUCAAAAGUCAAAUUGAGCAGUUUUUUCUCCUCUCCAUUUUCAUUCACUUGCCAUUGCAUUCAGUCAUACACUAAAUGAUGUGAUAACAUUAUACACUAACAAAAAUUUUUCCCCAGUCCUUUAUCAAGUCUUAUAUAUGUACAGUUCCUUCACAAAAAGCUUUCUAUGACAUCAUAGCAUAUCUAUCCAACUAAGCAUUCCAAUUACACUCAUCACAUAUGUUCUUAGAAUUUUGUACAUCUCUUUUAUUAUGCAUAAGUACAACUGUGACUAAGCUUAAUCCACAGGCACCUUCUUCUGUUCCCACGAAAGCCUACAUAUCAAUUAUAUCCAGGUAUCAAUCACACUGACACAUCUUUAUCUUUGAACAUCAUCUAUAAUUUUUUUUACAAUAUUCAUUGAAUACAUUUCUUUCUACCAAAUGCUUAACUGCAUUAUGUUUUAUCAACUAAUGUUAGGGACAUUCCUAAAAAAAUCUUUACAUCUGUAUUUUUGUUCCCUUCUUUCCUUCUAUCAUGAGAUGCCUAUAAUCACUUCAACUUCAGCGUUUGGAGCAAAAUGGUCAGUGUCAUGCAAUAAUCUUUCCCCAACUCAAGCAUUCAUCAGACCCAUUUUGUGAACUAUUCAUAGCUACAGAACCAAAAUAAAUUGAUACAUAUUUUUUUUUUAACAAAGCUAUCCACUCAUUGACUAAUGGCAUGCACAGAUUCAUAUAUACUAACUUAUAUUUCACAUCCUGUAAAAUAUAGUGACUAGGUGAGGGUGAAUGGCUAUGAAAACAAAUGCAAAUGCCAUGUACUGUAAUGUGCUGUGACCGUCUUUGUAAUACCAAAGAAAGUAUCUUUACCACAGAAAAGUUAGUGGUGUGAUUUAGAAUAUGUUUAAUUAAGAUUUUCAAACUGCAAUAUCCGUUCUAUUGUUCUAGUCAUUUCAGUAGUGAGAGUUGAGAUGUUAGUAAAAUGAAUAUACUAUUUUUGAACCUAAUGGUUGGUAGGAUAUUCAAAUGAGUAAUCCUUAGGGAUGUUACCUAGCUAAACUUGUAAAUGGCAGUGUACACUGUGUACAUUAUUAUAGUCAGACAUCACCACAAACAAAACUGGAGUUUGGGAUAUGGAAUGCCAACAUUCAGUUCACUAACUGUAUGAAUUUGAAGCAUGUGGUACUUUAGAUAAUGCCUAGAUUUUGACACAACAUCAGUGCCUAGUGUUCAUAAGCUAUGAUGCUGUGUUGAGGAAUGCCCUGUUUCAAUGUAUGAACAUAUCUAAAAUAGUCCUUAAUGUUGAAUGUGCUCACUUGUAUUUUAGUCAGAAUAAGUCUGAUUUAAUUUGCUGUUUCCAUUACAAUUCAGUAGGGAAGAUGUAACAAGUGGUGGACAUCAUACUUGACUCAACAGUACAUAUGAUAUUUUAAUAUAACCUGAGGUGCUGUAGUAUAGUUAUUGUAUUUUGAUUUUCAUGAGCAUACAGCUUAAGGUAUUGUGACAGAAUAUGAUUGAUGUCUGGCUAUAAUUUGACUGAAUGAUGUAUAUAUUUUUGUAUGUGAUGCCUGCCUAAAUUGCACAUUUGAAAAAAGGA